CUCGUCCUCUUUACCUUCCCAAUCCCUGAAAGAUAAGACACUGGUUCUCUAUAUAAAGGACCCUAGGACAAUAUUAUAUCAGGUCAAUCACAGACUUCAAAGAAGAGACAACAUGAAGAUCGCCAUAUUCCUUGUCUGCCUGCUCCCGCUGGUAUUCAGCGCCCCGUCUGACUAUGAGAAGAGAUGGCUCAUUGAUGUCCACCAUGUCAUUGAGCAAAUCAAGCACCUUGUAACCCCUGACAUGGAGGUAGGCGCCUGCGAGACCGCCUGUAAGACAGUUGUAUCUGGCCUUGGAGGACUCGUCUGUCCUACAGCCUGUUCAACCCUCAUCUCUAGCCUUAAUGGUUAAAUAAAAGAACGGAGACAAG